AUGUCCAACAUCUACAAUCAUCGAAGCUUGGUGCCAGCGGCUACCGGUGGGCCACCUGCAGCAGCGCCGCCCAGCGCAUCCACCGCCAGAUUGAACGACUUGCUGGACUUUGUCAAGCACGAGUUCGAAGUGAUUGGGAAUGAUGCGACGCAAUUCAAGAACCAGCGCGACGAGUUUGAACACAGGCUAUCUGCACAAAUUUCUGAGGUGCAAGUCAUGCAGCAACACAUAAUGGAUCUUGAAAACAGGCAUAGCUCCAUGGCACAGCAGUAUGAGGAGGAGAUCAAGAGGUUGCGCGCGCUGCUGGACGCGCGAGGAGGGGCGCCCGACGGAUCCGGACCCCUACCCGCAGGCGGCGAGAGGGGCGGACCUCCUCCUGCGCCUCUUGGAGGUGCUGGCGGGCCGCCGCCGCAUCUUCCUACUGCCCCUCCUUCUGGUCCUGCUAGCAUCGCACCGCCUCCAGCAGGCGCAUCCUAUGGCAAAGGUAGCUCAGCGCCAUCGCCUUAUCACCCUGGGCCUCCAUCACACAUGCCCUCGGGCGCGUAUCCGCCUUCGCGAGACGCGCAAAGUCCUGGCCCGGGUCCAGCUGCUGGCAACGCCAGUCUCGCUAACCUGAGCGAGAUGGAUCCUGAUGAGAUUCCCAAGGAUCUGAAAAAGGAAGGCAGCGAUUGGAUGGCCAUCUUCAAUCCCAAAGUGAAGCGUAUGCUGGAUGUGAAUCUAGUACACACGCUUAUGCACGAAAGCGUUGUAUGCUGCGUUCGCUUCUCGCCUGAUGGAAAGUAUUUGGCGACUGGUUGCAACCGCAGCGCUCAGAUCUACGACACCAAGACCGGUGCCAAGACUUGCGUCCUAACGGAGCAGACGAACAAACGGGGCGACUUGUACAUUCGAUCGGUGUGCUUUUCUCCGGACGGUCAAUUCUUGGCGACUGGAGCAGAAGAUCGGCAGAUCAGGAUAUGGGACAUUGCAAAGAAGAAGGUGAAGCACGUCUUUGCGGGGCACAAGCAAGAAAUCUACAGCCUCGACUUUAGCAGGGACGGACGAAUCAUUGCCAGUGGAUCUGGAGACAAGAGCGUGCGCAUUUGGGACGUGGGAAGCGGAAAGUGCCUGCACGUGCUGUACACGAGCCCCAACUUGGAGCAUGGUCCCAGCGAGGCGGGCGUGACGAGCGUCAGCAUCAGUGCGGACAACCGGCUCGUAGCCGCUGGAGCGCUCGACACGCUGGUCAGGGUGUGGGACGCCAAGACGGGCCAACAGCUGGAGAAGCUCAAGGGACACAAGGAUAGCAUUUACAGUGUUGCUUUCGCUCCCGAUGGCAAGAGCUUGGUCAGCGGCUCUUUGGAUAGGACACUCAAAAUUUGGGACCUCACUGCUACUGCAAGGGCUGUGGAGAGCCACUCUACAGACGAUGAAGAUCGCACUUCGAAGGCUACCUGCGCAUCCACUUUGCUCGGUCACAAGGACUAUGUCCUCUCCGUGUCAUGCUCACCCGACGGCCACUGGGUUGCAUCCGGCUCCAAAGACCGUGGCGUGCAAUUUUGGGAUCCCAGAUCUGGUCAAGCGCAGUUUGUGCUAUCUGGUCACAAGAACAGCGUCAUUGCUAUCAACUUGUCGCCGGCUGGCAACCUGCUAGCUACGGGCAGCGGCGAUUUCAACGCGAGGAUUUGGGCGUACGAUAGGGUUUCGGAGUGA